UGGCUGCCGUUCGUCGUGUGCACAUCGCUUUCGCUCUGUCGCAUGUCCAGAAGCCUCUCUCUGGGGCGCCACCGCGAGUCCGGAAAAGGUAUAAUGUGAAGAGUGUGAGAUGGACACGGGACUGUCGCCCAUCGGAGACUUGGACUCGAGCUCUGGCACGUCCGAAGGCACGAAUCCCACCGCGGCUCAGCAGAGCACUUAUCAGAAUCAGGGACUCUACCUCAACUCAUCGACUCCAGCGUAUCGAGGCUGUGGCGUGAAGACGGUGUUCUUCUCUGAGAAGCUGCAAGCCUUCACGGCGGACAAAGAGUAUGAUCGGAAGUUGAUAGACUCCAACUUCGGCGAGAUGAAAGUUUCUGGCAGUGACAUGAGCUACUUCGAGACGUCGCAGCAGAAAUCCUCGCCGCCCACUUCGCUGGCCUACGACAUGAGUUCCGCUCAGUUGCCGAAGCCGCUGCUGGAGCCGCUGCUGCAGCCGGCCGCCGGCCAGAUCGCGGAGAACAACAACUUCCUGGGCAUGGCGCCGAUGACGGUGAAUCCGGAGAUCAGUCGCAAGUGUCUCUCCUUCAGCGCCAACCAGGUGCAGUGCAUGUGCGAGGCACUACAGCAGCGCGGCGACGUGGAGAAGCUGGCCACGUUCCUGUGGAGUCUCCCACCCAGUGAGCUGUUGCGCACCAACGAGAGUGUGCUGCGCGCCCGGGCGGCCGUGGCCUACCACCGCGGCCUGUUCCACGAGCUCUACUCGCUGCUGGAGUCGCACUGCUUCCCGCCCAAGUACCACACGGAGCUGCAGAACCUGUGGUACAAGGCGCACUACAAGGAGGCCGAGAAGGUGCGCGGGCGCUCGUUGGGCGCCGUGGACAAGUACCGCCUGCGCAAGAAGUACCCACUGCCCAAGACCAUCUGGGAUGGCGAGGAGACUGUGUACUGCUUCAAGGAGCGCAGCCGAAAUGCCCUCAAAGACUGCUACACGCGGAAUAGAUACCCGACGCCGGACGAGAAGAAAACUUUGGCCAAGAAGACGGGACUCACGAUGACCCAAGUUUCCAACUGGUUUAAGAACCGUCGUCAGCGAGACAGAACACCUCAAACGAGAACUGAUAUGAUCAUGCCUGUGAUUCCCGUCACUCCAACGGUGGAUGCCAACUUCGGGAGGCUCUUCAACUCCUCCAGCUACGGUCAUUCCUACCAAGAAGUCGUCUACAAUGGCCAGUGAAGCUGUAAAUAGAAUUUGUCUCAACGCCAGUAAUUCGUCUUUAGUACAGUUUUAAGUUAUGAUUUAAGUAAUUAUAAUUUUAAUCUAGAAAAUAAUAAUAUAAUGUGCAAUUGUA